ACAGUAGUGAAAGCAAUGGCUGCACCGGUCGCUGAAAGCAAUGAUCUCCAGAUUUUAGAUUAUUUUUGGACAGUUAUCCCCCACGCUACCUCCCCCUCAAAUCCACGGCGUCCCGUUCCUGCCGGGAGGAAGAACGCCGGCGGCAUGGACGCCGAUCGCCGUGGGAGCUUAAGGACGCCGAUCUUAGCGGACGACGUGGCCCAGGCGUCUGGUUCGGAAGCUCGGGAGCAUGAGGUGCACAAGGCCGCCGGUCCCUGCUCUGAUAAGGCGCUCAGAGUCAUCUUGUGCCUGCAGUUCCUGGAGGUCAGUGCUUUCUACGGGGUCUACCUGAACUUGAUAGUGUAUCUUCAGGAUGUUCUCCAUGGAGACAGCGCAUCCAAUGUGACGGCCGUGAAUUCCUGGGCUGGGGUCAGCUACCUCAUGCCCCUUCUCGGCGCCGCCGUCGCCGACUCCUACUGGGGAAAAUGCAAGACGGUUUUGAUCGGCCUCUGCAUUUCUGUCGUCGGAAUGGCCAUGGUCACCAUGUCAGCUACGCUGCCGUCUCUGAGGCCACCGCCGUGCUCCCCGGGCGUGUACUGCGCACCGGCGACGCUUAGCCAAGACCUAGUCUUCUUUUCGGGCAUAUACCUGUGCGGCAUCGGGAUCGGCGCGUCCAAGGCCGUCUUCAUCUCGUUUGCCGCGGAGCAGUUCGACGACGACGAUGACAAGAACACGUCGGGACGGGAGGCGAAGGCGUCCUACUUCAGCUGGUACUACGCGGUGGCCAACGUGGCCAUGCUGACCGCGGGGACGUUACUGGUUUGGGUCGAGGACAAGGUGAGCUGGGGGCUCGGGUACGGAAUCUGCGCGUCGUUCGUCGCGGUCGCCGUCGUCUGCCUCGCGGCGACGGCGCCCAUGUACCGGAUGGUGCCUCCGGCGGGCAGCCCGAUGAAAGGCGUGCUCCAAGUGCUGGUGGCGUUCUCUCGCAAGGUAAACCUGACGGUGCCUGAGGACGCCACAGAACUGUACGAGGAGGAUGGUGUCAAGAACCCGUUGCUGCAUCCCCUGCACGAACGAUUGCACCACACCGAACAGUUCAGGUGCCUGGACAAGGCUGCCAUUGUCACGGCCGAGGACUUGGAAGACGGCGACCUGAACCGGGCAUGGAGGCUGUGCACGGUGACCCAGGUGGAGGAGCUCAAGACUCUGCUGCGGCUGAUCCCGAUAUGGCUCACCUCGGCCAUCUACUUCGUCGCCAACACGCAGGCGCAGACGACGUUCGUGCAGCAGGGCACCAAGACGGACUCCCACAUCGCGGGCGGCGCCGCGUCCGUCCCGGCCGCGUCGCUGACGUCCAUCGAGACGGUGCUCGUCGCCGCCUACGUCACGCUCUACAACAGGGCCGUCGCGCCAUCCGUGGCGUUCACGCCGCUGCAGCUCAUGGGGCUCGGGCACGCGACGGCGGCCGGGGCGGUGGCCGUGGCCGCGUGCACCGAGGCGCGCAGGCUGCGGAUGGCCGGGGGCCAGGAGGCGGCCCAAAUGGGCAUAGCGUGGCUGCUGCCGCAGUACGUCGUGAUGGCGGUCUCGGACGCGUCGCUCUCCGUGGGGCAGAUGCAGUUCUUCUACGACCAAUCGCCGGAGACGAUGAGGGGCGCGUCGACGGCGUUCUACUUCCUGUCCAUCUCGCUCGGGAAUCUGAUCAAUUCGCAGCUGGUGACGCUGGUGGCGACCGUCACCUCGGCUGGGGGCAGGACGGGAUGGUUUCCACCGGAACUGGAUGACGGGCACCUGGAUUACUACUUCGUGCUCGUUGUCGCCAUCACUUUGCUCAACUUUGCCGUCUUUGUUGCCCUUGCCAAGAACUACACGUCCAAGAGGGUUAGAUGAUUGGAUUCCUCCUCUUCUUUGUGUAAACUGCACAAACUGUGGGGGGGAAUGAGUGAGCCUGGAAUUAGGGUUUAUACUGAUUAUGAUUAGAGUGCCAUUAGUUGUGGAUUAGACAUCAUAUUGCACUUUAUAGGUCAUGUUCAACUGAAUCCCAUAUACUAGUAGCGCUCAUUGUUCUUUGUUUGCCGGAA